GCCAAGUGGUUGAGCUGAGUUUAAUGCCUCUGAUCAUUCAGUUUAAAUCAACAGCUACCUGCAUCUUAAACUUGAAGGCAGCAGGUCUUACACUUCCGUGAUAGGUCUUAAAAAUUAAAGCAGCCCAACAAACUGACCUCAGGCUGUACUUUCCUGCUAAAGAUGACAUUCUUUUAUUUCUGCUUUUUGUUGAGUCUUAGAAUGCAGUUGCCUUAGCUCUACCUGCACACAUAUCUGUAAGGCAGAAACAUUUCUACAGGCAAUUGGGAGGUAUUGUUAGGAGAGAAGGAAGACCCCACGGCAGUGCAGUGGGAUUUGGGGUGGUGAAGGGCAGCAGAACUCAGGCAUGCGCUUUUCCCAUCUGUCAGUAGAUUCAUUACUGCGUCUUGAGUUUGUGUGGAAUUUAGUUUCUGCACAACAAGCCCCUGGAGCAAGUGGUGGUGUUGGCCUGUGGUCAGCUUUAAAACCAAAUCAAGCAAUGGAGUCUCCCUGGCCUUCAGAGAGAGUCAGUCUGUUCACGACUAGGGUCUUGAGCAGGAGCAACAGAAAUAUAAACCCUCAGCAGGAACCUGCAUUAUUUUCAAGACUUAAAACAGUAGGAGAGAAUUUUGGGGGCCUACAGUUUGUCCUGGAUUUGCUGAUUCUUGGAGGGAGGCUGCUCUGAGAUAUUCUGAGAUGUACCAGUCCAUGUGAGGACUAACCUCACAGGUAAUGUUGUGUACAGGUAGAGUGGUGAAAGGGUCUGUUUUGGUUUUGUUUCUACUUCACUUGUUUCUAAUGACUCUUCAAAACCACCAAAUGUUACCUGCCACCUGUCAUUUCCCUAUUUGUCUAGUAUUCAUCAAGAAAGAAAAUGCUGACAAGUUCUUGGAAAGAACAAAACGUGCUAACUCUUUUUGGGAGGAAAUGAAGAAAGGGAAUAUUGAAAGAGAAUGCAAUGAGGAGCGCUGCUCAAAAGAAGAAGCAAGAGAAGCCUUUGAAGACCAGGAGAAAACUGAGGAAUUCUGGAACAUCUAUGUAGAUGGGAACCAGUGCAGUUCAAAUCCUUGUCACUAUGGUGGACAUUGUAAAGAUGGAAUUGGUUCCUACACUUGCUCAUGCUUGGAUGGUUACCAAGGCAAGAACUGUGAAUUUGUCAUACCAAAGUACUGCAAAAUAAACAAUGGUGACUGUGAGCAGUUCUGCAGCAUCAAGAAAAGUGUACAGAAGGAUGUUUUGUGUUCCUGUGCAAAAGGGUAUGUUCUAGCAGAGGAUGGCAAACGCUGUGUUUCAUCAGUAAAGUAUCCUUGUGGAAAAGUUUAUGUGAAAAGAAAAAAAAGGUCUUUUUUUUUACCCAUUGAUAAUGGCAAUGUAACUAGUGAUCAAGAUGGCCCUCUCACAAAUGAAACAACUUUGGAGGAGGACAUUAUUAUUACCACAGAAAGCCCAACCAUCCCUCCUGGCAAUGGAACAAGUGGCAAGACUCCGUAUGUCAAUACCAGGAUAGUAGGUGGUGAUGAGUGUCGUCUUGGUGAAUGUCCAUGGCAGGCUGUUUUGUUAAACGAGGAAGGGGAAGAGUUUUGCGGUGGAACUAUUUUGAAUGAAAUUUUUGUACUUACUGCAGCUCAUUGCAUGAACCAAUCUAAAGAAAUCAAAGUUGUUGUUGGUGAAGUGGACAGAGAAAAGAAAGAACAGUCUGAAACGAUGCAUACUGUGGAUAAAAUACUUGUUCACUCCAAAUACAUUGCAGAGACUUAUGAUAAUGACAUAGCCUUAAUAAAGCUGAAGGAACCGAUAACAUUUUCGGAGUAUGUUAUUGCAGCAUGCCUCCCUGAAGCAGACUUUGCUAAUGAAGUUCUGAUGAACCAAAAAUCUGGGAUGGUUAGUGGCUUUGGGCGUGAAUUUGAAGGUGGACGACUAUCCAAAAAACUGAAAGUGCUUGAAGUCCCCUAUGUUGAUAGGAACACUUGCAAGCAAUCCACUAACUUUGCAAUAACAGAAAACAUGUUCUGUGCUGGUUAUGAAACAGAGCAAAAAGAUGCUUGUCAAGGAGACAGUGGAGGUCCUCAUGUAACCAGAUAUAAGGAUACUUAUUUUGUUACUGGAAUUGUUAGCUGGGGAGAAGGAUGUGCAAAGAAAGGCAAAUACGGUGUCUAUACCAAACUGUCCAGGUUCUUACGCUGGGUAAGAAUGGUCAUGAGACAAAAUUUGUAGUGGUGUCACUCUUGAUCCUUCAGUUAGAAACAAGGUGCAGUUUCUGUGAUGGAAGCUAUUCUUUUAUUUUCAGCCACAUCUGCUAAACUUGUUUGGAGAGCUGAUUCCUUAAAGUUAUGCUGCUGCUUCUUUUUGGUUUAUUCCUGGCUUUAAGCAUGUAUAUGUGGACUGUUUGGUAUUGUUUUGAAUUUGUACAAUGAGGGGCUUUCCCCCAACAAAAUGGCUGCUCAGUGGGGUCUUGUGUUUGCUUGUUUGGUUAUUUUUAUAUUGCCAUUUUGGUUCCUGUCUGUGCUUCCACCAGAGGCUCCUGGACAUCAGCCUCCACCAAUCGUGAUGAAAGUGGGAAGAAUGGGACUUCAGUUAAUCCUCAUAUUGCAGCCAGCUGGCUCAGUAGGGAAUUUGUAACUACUAGAGCUGUUUAGCAUCUACCUGUAGAUGUAUUUAGAAAAUUAAGGAAGCAGGGAAGCUUGCUUGCUAAAAGUUGAGACACAAGUUGAGUAUUCAACAUGUGUUAACCACAUGUUCCACAAAAUUGCCUGCUUAGGUCACAGCAGCUAAUUAAAAUGGGGUUUAGCUUUAUGUGGAUUGUACUUCACUUUAAUUUUAACACUUCUGUUCUGCUCAUCAAAAAAAGCGUGCAUGUUCACUGUUUUCUGUAUCAUGUUCUGGAUUGUGUACUGUUGAGGAUCAGAAAGCUCCUUGCAUGUGUACUUGUUCUAGGUGUUUCUGUAAGGUGCAAUAUUGAUGUACACCAGCAUUUAAAA